AUGGAGUCACGCAGUAUCCGAGCUGCCUUACCGGCAUUCGUGCUUUUGUUCCUGCUAAGUUUGGUCGAACUGAUCAACGACACCACGGUAUCAGCACGUAAUCCGCACUGGCGACCUGGAUUUUGGGAUGCCGGUACCGCAAGAGUGAUCGUGACACAAGUAUCCAAUAUGUCAAGCGCCUACAUACUCGCCUCCUCUCUCCGCACACUGUCGCCCCAUGAGGCCAUCAGAUUGAAUAUUGGGAGCAUUCUUCUUGCAACUAUUGCCACAUAUUCAAGCUGUUUCAUUACUGUCCUGGCCCAACUUCUCGGUCCCAUUCUGGUCGCUAGACUCUCACGGCGCAGUUCCCACUGGCCUGAACUUAUGGCCGGAAUUUUGUGUCUUACUGCAGGUGGCAUCGCUAUGUUCCUCGACAGCACGAACUACGCUACACAAGAGCUGAGCCAAGAUGAGUGUGGUUCUGUCACAGAUACCUUGUUGUCCAGCAGGCGGUAUUCUCACGAAGGUAGCAGCCAUCCAGAUGAUGGGGUUGUAUCUCCCGUGGGGCUUCUGAAGAUAUGCCUGGGUCUUAAGGCGCCCCCGAGAGAGAAAGUCCUGGCGUUUACCCCUUGGAUCUUUUUCUUCAUUGCUAUUUCUCAAGCAUCUCGGCCCCUUUUUGCAACAUAUGCACAGCUAAGAUGCGGUUUGAGUCCUACAGAGCGAACUUACCUUGCAGCCAAGGCCGACAAUUUAUGGCUUCUUAGAAGCGAGAUAAGCCUGUUCAUCUUCGGCGUCCUCUUACCCUGCCUGAUUUCUAUGGAAGGGCAUACGAGGUUAUUUUCCAACAUCAAUUUAACUAUCGGUAGAUACAGUGUGAUCUUGAUGGCCUUGGGCGCGAUCAUGAUCAGUGUAUCAGACUCAUCGCUUUCCAUUACCAUCGGUUCGUGUUUUCUAGACUUCUUAAACAAUCUUAUUGACGACAAUGAAGGCCUUAGUAUCAAUACCUUUGGCGUAUCAUCAAACCUCAGUCUGCUUUGCUUCAUAGCCAACCGUCUCCCGGGCUCUGCGGUAGGGCCUGUCCUGAUGUCCUUCGCACUAUCCGAGAGCGUGGGAUCAUUGGUCGGUAUUGUGAUUAUCUAUCCAACUUACCAAUGGAGCAUAGACGAAAAAACGCCAUUCUAUGCUGGGAGUCUCCUUUACGUCUUUUGCGGCGUGAGUUCACGACGUUUGUGCGAACAUGUAGUGAAAUACUACAGUGCAUCCGUGCUGGUUGAUGGUAAGCUGAGACGUAUAGAUGACUACAUCUUUGCACAUGCAACGAAUUCUGGAAGGUCAAAGUAA